UGAUAUUUCUUGCUAAGCACCGUGCAUCCUUUGCAUUAUUAACCGGAGGCGCCUGUGAAUCGGUGUGAUUUGCUCUGCGGCUUCUCGAGAUUUAGCAAUGGCGGACGAGGUGAUCCUCCUGGACUUCUGGCCGAGCAUGUUCGGGAUGAGGUGCAGGAUCGCGCUGGCGGAGAAAGGGGUGAAGUACGAGUACAAGGAGGAGGACCUGAGGAACAAGAGCGACCUCCUCCUCCGGAUGAACCCCAUCCACAAGAAGAUCCCCGUCCUCGUCCACAACGGCAAGCCCGUCUGCGAGUCCCUCGUCAUCCUCCACUACAUCGACGAGGUCUGGUCCGACAAGUGCCCCCUGCUGCCCUCCGACCCCUACCAGAGGGCUCAGGCCCGGUUCUGGGCCGAUUAUAUCGACAAGAAGUUCUAUGACCUGGGGAGGAAGUUGUGGACCACAAAAGGAGAGGAACAGGAGGCGGCCAAGAAGGAGCUGAUUGACAGCCUGAAGCUACUGGAAGGCGAGCUCGGCGACAAGCCAUUCUACGGUGGAGAGAAGUUAGGAUUCCUGGAUAUAGCGUUGGUCCCCUUCUACACCUGGUUCUAUGCGUACGAGACGUUCGGAAACUUCAGCAUCGAGGCGGAGUGCCCCAAACUCAUAGCGUGGACCAAGAGGUGCCUGGAGAUAGAGAACGUGUCCAAGUCUCUCGUCGAACCACAGAAGGUGUACGACUUCGUCUUGCAGCUCAAGAAAGCCCUAGGCAUUGAGUAAAGAUCUGGAUGACUCGUUGUGGGUACUUCUUAUCUUUAUCUGUAGUCUUAAUGUUAUAGUUGCUGUUUAGGUCUUUCUCUUGUUGUUGAAUUUCUGGUGUUGGGAAAGGGGACACUUUGUUGUGUCUUCCUUCGAAACUUAUGUUGGUGAUCAUGAUGGGCAACAGACAGUUGCUCAUUCUGAGGCAGUGUUUGGUGUGCAAUUAAAAUUAGCUACUUGGAUUAUGAGUUAGCUCGAAGCGUUUCUUU